UUUGACGCAGUAACGUGUGGGGCGAGUUCAGGGGGGAGGUAAACAAGAUGGCGACAACCUGAGAGGCAAGAGUAGCACGAAUAGUCAGAAAAUUUUAUUAGUAUUGUGUCAGACGAGAGGAGCAAUAGUUUUUGUCGAGGACGGCCACGCAGUGGAUGCCAUGCUGGGGAAACUGUGGUGACAUGGAGGACACCUAAGAACGGUUCAGCAUAUUGGAUGGUCCAGUCAACCUUCUGGAGUCGACUACAGCUUCGGUUGCUGAUCUAUACUGAAUCCAGUCCAGCCAUAUGCACACUUUAAGUCCUUUAGUAUGGACCUCUGAUAGAAAUGCGUUGCUGUAAAGCCUUAAAGAAAGACUGGUGGCCUUUACCUAAAGUCGUGGGGUAUUAGAAUCCUAAACAGAUUAUUGAGACUGACUGAUCAGAAUUAAAUUGUGAAAUCAUAGCCUUUUCCAUGAUUUCCGUUCAGCAUUAAUCAUAACAGACCUAGCUCACAAUGAAUAGUAUUGAACACUAACUCAGCACUGGAGCCAGUUUGUUCUGCACCCUAUUUUUUUAAACCCUAUUGAGUAAAAAAAAAAAGAUCCUAAUGUUUACAGGUUUCAGGUUGUUCACCCAGCUGUUUCCUCAGCCCUCAGGCUCCAUUUCACUUUCACCUGUUUUCACUGUUUUUUUCUUAUCUGGUUUUCGUUCGUUUAUCUCCACUCAUGGAUCUACUUAGUCUAGUUUUAAAGGGUUAACAGCAGAUUACGCUUCAGCAGCAGUCCGUUUGCAAACCUUUUGCCGUGCACCCAAGGAUUAAGCUGUUGUAAAUCUCGUCAUCAUGAGUGACGGCGACCUGCCUCGUCUCGAGUAUCUCAAUGAAAAUGAACUCAUGGAGAUGGAUACGUUCAUUCACCGCAUUGACUCUACCGAGGUGAUCUAUCAGCCACGGAGGAAGAGGGCCAAGCUGAUAGGGAAGUACCUGAUGGGGGACCUGCUAGGGGAAGGCUCUUAUGGCAAAGUAAAAGAAAUGCUGGACUCAGAGACACUUUGUCGCAGGGCUGUCAAGAUACUGAAGAAGAAGAAGCUUAGACGGAUUCCCAAUGGAGAAGCCAAUGUUAAAAAGGAAAUUCAGCUGCUAAGAAGACUUCAACAUAAGAAUGUGAUCCAGUUAGUCGACGUACUCUACAAUGAAGAGAAGCAGAAAAUGUAUAUGGUGAUGGAGUAUUGUGUUUGUGGAAUGCAAGAAAUGCUGGACAGCGUCCCAGAGAAAAGGUUUCCAGUAUUUCAAGCUCACGGGUACUUUUGCCAACUCAUAAAUGGCCUUGAAUAUUUGCACAGCCAGGGAAUAGUUCAUAAAGACAUUAAACCAGGAAAUCUGCUGCUGACCACAGAUGGGUCUCUUAAAAUCUCCGACCUUGGAGUAGCAGAGGCCCUUCACCCAUUUGCAGAAGAUGACACGUGUCGUACGAGUCAGGGCUCGCCGGCCUUCCAGCCCCCAGAGAUCGCCAACGGACUGGACACCUUUUCAGGGUUUAAAGUGGACAUUUGGUCUGCGGGAGUAACACUAUAUAACAUUACAACAGGUCUUUAUCCGUUUGAGGGAGACAAUAUCUAUAAGCUAUUUGAAAACAUCGGUAAAGGAGACUACACUAUUCCUGAGGAGUGUGGGCCUCUCCUGUCGGACCUGCUGCGAGGAAUGCUUGAGUAUGAUCCUGCAAAGAGGUUUUCCAUACAGAAUAUAAGGCAACACAACUGGGUGCGAAAGAAACAUCCUCCGUCGGAGCGCCCGGUGCCCAUCCCUGCCAGUGCAGAGAGCAGGGACCAGUGGCGCAGUAUGACGGUGGUUCCCUACCUAGAGGAUCUGCACGGCUACACGGAGGAUGACGACGACGAGCUCUAUGAUGGAGAGGAUGAGAUCAUCUACACUCAGGACUUCACAGUGCCAGGGCAAGUGGCUGAGGAACACCAGGAUCAGGGGAACGCAGACCACAGCCCAGCUGUCGCCAAGCCAGUUUGUGUGAACGGGACAGACGCCGGGUCUCUAAACAGCAAGACCAAAGCCGAGCGCAGGUCCUCCUCCUCGUCCAACCCCUCACGUAAAGGAGUUUCCACAGCCAGCAAAAUCCGCAAGCUCUCCACCUGCAAACAGCAAUGACAGCCCUCCGUUCCUCUCCCACGACAGCAGCCCAUCUGGUCAUUCUGUCUUCGUCCCUUAUUGUCUGGAGUCCCGAUGGCUGGGAGUGAAGCCUGCUGACAUUAACGUCCCCGCGCCUCCUCGGACCGCCAGCCUGCAUCGCCUCUCUAGAGGAGGGGAGGGAGGCUCGACCGGGAGGAGAAGGAUGGCAUGAAAAGUUCUGUUUGCUCUGAGACUGAGGCACUUGCUGUGAAGAUGUUUAUUUUCUCCCAAUAUUUUGCCUCCUUUUAACUUGUGUCAUCCGGUUCUGGUUAUUCAGCCCCCUCUCUCCUGCCCCCAGUUCUGUCAUCCUCAUUGGAUGGCCAAGUAUUGCACCGGACGAUUCAGACGCCCCUCUAGCUCCGAUCCCCGUCCUUCCCUCCCCCGACUUCUGUUUCUUCAACUACCUUUGUUUUUACUGAACCCUGAUGGCCGUUUUUAAUACACAUUGUGAUGUGUAAAAUAUUAAAGUGGGGAGAGAAAAAAAAAAAGCAAAGCUAUGGAUAAUUCUGUAUUUAAAUCUACUUUGUGAGUAAUCAUUAUAGCAAGACCACCAACAUAAACUGCAUGCAGUACAGAGCUGAAUGAAAAGGGAAGGCGAUUGGUUCGCGAAGCCCCGACUUAAAUCUUAAUUUAGGUUUAAAUUUUAUUUUUCCAGUGAUUUUAUUUUUUUUUUAUUAUUAUUAUUUAUAAAGAAUGUGUCCCAAACAGUC